GAAUACAUAAGUUGGAGCUUCCGGACCUCUUCUCUUGUUGUAUUAUUCUCUAGAAACAACAACUAAUGCAAUACUACACAGUUUAGCCUCCGUGACCAUAUCAUACAAAAGCGAUCGCCCCGGAAACGCCUCUGAUAACACAUGCCAUGACUAUUUCGGCGUCCCCAUUAUGACCAUUUCGGCGACCCCCACCCCGGCCCACAAAACUACUUUCCAAUAGACUUACAUACUCUUAAGUAAAUUAAAAGUGUCUAGUCUACAAUUUUAGAUACAUUCAAUAAACUCUGGGUGAAUUAGAGGCAUAAAACCCAGAUAAAACAGUGAAAUUCGGGGGAAUGGAGUCAUGAGAGGAAGACAGUGAGGACAUAUAAGAGCUGUAAACCCAAACCACAGACCAUGAACUAUUAAAACACUAUAAAUAUCACUCUUAUAACCCCAUAAAACCCACUUUGAGGUAAAACAGAGGCACAAAACCCUGAUAAAAAGGCGAAAAUCAAGGGAGUUGGGAGACCGCAUGUGGUAAAUGAACUAUAAAAACCCAAUCCACGGACCAUGAACUGAUAAAACCCUGCAUAUAUCACUCUAAUAACCCAACCCAACCCACUUAGAGGCUGAAUAAAGGAUAAAAAAGGCUUAAAAUAAGGCGUGGCGGCGUGUGGCAGCUGUGUCGAGGACGUGUAGCGGCGAGAACAGCUGUUUCCCCCGGCCUCUCACCUCUUCCUAUCCUCACCAUGCGGAAUUCACCUCAUUUACAAUUAGUUCUCUCACUUUUAACGCUUGUGUUGCAGUUCACACAGUCCCAUGGGGGAGCCUUGCAACUGGACAAGGGCAACUUUGACAGCAUCAUUGGUAACAAUGAGCUUGUGUUCAUCAACUUCUAUGCCGACUGGUGUAGAUUCAGCAACAUCUUGGCGCCGACCUGGGAUGAGACGGCCGACAAGGUUAAAGAGCAAUUCCCAGACGAAGGCCGGGUGGUAGUUGGGAAGGUGGACUGUGAUGCUGAGUCAAGCAUUGCGUCCCGCUUCCAUAUCACCAAGUACCCGACCCUCAAGCUGCUGAGGAAUGGCCAGGCCACCAAGAGGGAGUACAGGGGACAGAGAUCAGCUGAUGCCUUUGCAAAUUACAUUAAGGAACAGCUUCGGGACCCCAUCAAGAUUCUGGAGAGCCUGGAUGAAAUCAAGGAUCUGGAGGAGACUAAGAGGACUGUGAUCGGCUAUUUUGAGAAGCAGGACUCGCCAGAAUACGAGUUGUUCCGCAAGAUUGCUAUCAACCUUAAGGAUGACUGCCAGUUCCUUGCUGGGUUUGGUGAAACAGUGCGCAGUAUGCACCCGCCCGGGGAGAGCAUUGUUGCCUUCAAAGCUUCCAUAACUAAGGAGGAUGAAGCCUUUACUGGGUCACUUGCAUCUUACGAUGAGUUGUCCAUCUGGGCCACUGAGAGAUGCAUCCCUCUGGUGCGAGAGAUCACAUUCCAGAAUGCAGAGGAAUUAACAGAAGAGGGACUUCCUUUCCUCAUCCUCUUCCAUGCUCCUGAAGACACAGAGAGCAUCAAGAAAUACACGUCCCUGGUGCACACAGACCUCGCCGACCAGAAACAAAACAUCAACUUCUUGACUGCCGAUGGUGUUCAGUUUGCUCAUCCCCUCCACCAUUUGGGGAAAUCCAAGAAGGACUUACCACUGAUUGCCAUUGAUUCCUUCAGGCACAUGUACCUCUUCCCAGAUUACAAGGAAGCUUUCGUUGAGGGGAAGAUGAAGGAUUUCCUCAAUGACCUGUACAGUGGCAAGUUGCAUCGUGAGUUCCACUACGGCCCUGAUCCAGAGUCCACAUCGGAGGCAGCACAGCAGAGAGAUGAAAAUGAAAUAGCAGAUCCCACCAAAGAGGCCACAAAGAAGGAGAGGCCAACGACCCCGCCAGAGUCCACCUUUAAGAAGCUCGCGCCCUCCAAAAACAGAUACACUUUAUUAGACAGAGACGAGCUGUAAUAAGGUAAAAAGGUAAUUCACUUCAUAGUGUUCUCUGUUUUGUAGAAGAGCUCUGUCCUUUUUAGGGGGUGGUAAGACAGCUUUAAGUACUCUGAAUACGGAAUUGUCAUCAGCUAAAGAAAAGUCAUCUAUGCCUCAUUUUUGUAUUGAAUGUCAGACAUCAUUUGGGAAUAUGAUAUUACAAUGUGGCAGAUGAUAAAAUUCUAAAGGUAAUGGUAAAAAACUGAAAUCUCUAUGUAAGAAAAUUAGUAAUGCAUUUUGGGAUAUUGGCCUGAUGGGGAAUACUGUUUGUUAGUACUGAAGCAUAGGCAUUCAUUGUUUGUUUGUGUGUUUGUGAUCAACAGAGUGUGUAAGUGUCCAUUUUUACUCCAUUAUUUCUUGACGCAUUUCACAGAGUUGACUUUGAAUCUUGGUUAAGUCAAGUUUAAUUUCCUUUGCUGCAGAAGGUUAGAAGUUUUGAGCAAGAUCAGUGUGUACUAUUUGGCUUAUUUACAAAAAAAAAUGUAUGAGUGUAGGAGUGUUAGGGAAAAGAUUUUGAAGGUAAAUAUUUUACUAUUUAAUGUAUGAAGAAUAUUGCAGUUUUGAAACUUUACUUAAAUCAUAGUCAUUAGAUGCCUUAAACAAGUUUUAUAUACAUUAUGAUUAUGUGCUUAAUACUGUUUGUUUAUAUGUAUUUCACAUGUAAUCAUAAUUAUAUACAAUAUAUAUUUUUUUUAUUUAUGUAAAAAUCUUACCAACUUUUUUGUUCAAGCUCUAGCAGCUUAAAUUCCAUAGAGUUCAUUGUAGUUUACUGCAGCAUACAGACUAUUUUUUUCCUAGAUCAUCAUACAUUUUGAUUGAACAGAUGUAAUUUGAGUAUUAUACACACACUGAUUGCAUCAGUAUUGUUAAUGUGAAAACCACACUGCUGCAAGCAUCAUUUGUCUGGACUGAAGCUGUGUGGACAGACACGGUGUGCUGGAGGGUGACACACGUUGGUAUGCGUGCUGAAAAAUGCGAGCAAGUGUUAAUUUUUACCUGCAUUAGAGGCGUACACGUUUCGAGUGUGCGCCACCAUAAUGUUCCCAAGUGGGCACGAUUGGUUAGUGAGGUAGUACUUACCCCGGACAAUGCAUGCAAGGAUACACACUAUUUAUUUUCCAUCAUCUUUUUUGUAUCAGCAAUAUAUAUUAAGUUGAAAUUUUUAUGGUGUACUUUUAUAUACUUGUGCUCCCUAAAAAUAUCUAUAUUCCUAAUAUUCCCCUUUAAAUUUCUUUUCUUUUACUUUUACUAGACAUUAGCUCUUCUCUGUAUGGAGGAUUUAAUCCAUAAAUCAUUUUGGAAAGUUAAAGGAGCAUGUACAUGUUUGUAUGUGUUUGUAUCUUUUGUUAAACUUUUAUUGUUAUAAUUUAUGGCAUAUCAAAUGGCCACUAGACUCUCACGCUGUAGAAGGGAAAAGAAAUUAAACUUUUGGAGAUAAAUUUUCUCAAUCAGUUUUAUAUUUUUGAUAUAUGAUUUCCAUUCCACUAUUUUAUAUUUCCACACUUUGAUAAAUUGCUAUACGUAAUAAGAUCUCUGGCAGGUUUUAUAUUUAUUUGAGUACAGAUUAGGAAGUGUUUGUCUAGUGAGCAGGUUUAUCAAAGUCCAUUCAUGUGUGGGUGGUGGGAGCUUUCUGGAGAGCACUUGCAUGAUGCUUUUGAUCAUGUAUCAGAAAUCUUUAUUCCUUAUCUUGAUUUAUUUCCUUUUUAUAAAUUUGAUAUUUGCAGAAAAAUUAUUUUACUUGAGCUUUGAUGCACUCAUGGGUGUAAUAGCUCUGAACAUUUGUUGAGAGUGUAACAGUGAUGGUGAAUGAUGUUUGGUUUGUAAAUACAUGUUCAGUAAGGAAAUAGGAGACAAAUAUUUUAUUACUCUAGAUUAUUCUUUUCCAUGCUUUUUUUUUAUAAGGCAGUCUGUGGUGGCUCUAUCUAGCUUCCCUCUUGGUAAAGACAUUAGUGGCUUUCUGGGCUGAGUGGGCCUGACAUCUGACUUCCACGUGAUGGACAGUGUAUGUUGUAUGUGAGUCUGGAGCAAGAUUGAGAGAAGUCCAGAGCCACUCCCAGGGCUCUCCAGGAAGGGGUGCUUCUGCAUCAUUCACUUGGGGUCAGUAAUGUUGCUACUGCCUUAAAUUAUCAUGCAGUUGCAGUAAUUGUCAUUUUAACACAAUUGAUAACAUUUUGUAUAAUGUUUCUUUUUGACAUUAUAUUAUGUCUAAUGUGGUUUUGGAAGUUCAUGAUUUCCCCAUCUCUUGCCCUCCCUUUAAAUCCACGAUUGCGCCUUUGAGAGCUUUAGCAGUCUCCUCUCCAUUCUUCUGUCUUGUGACAAAGAUGCUUGGUAAAAUGUGUUUGUUUUCAAACUUACUUUUUAAGGAAUACAGUUAAUGCAGUGAUUUUUCCCAUAUUUCAUGACAUCAAAUAGGUUUCAGUUUAAAGUAAUUCACAUGUGCAAUGAUUUAUUAUUUAUUAUUUAAUUAGCCGUGGCAGGGGGACAAGGGUUCCUUGAUUAUUGACGAGGAUAUUUUGAAGUUCUGAGUUUCAGUAAUGACUCCACAUACCUAUCUUUGCUUCGGAACUCAUGGCCUUCACCAGACAAGCCUAAGCAACACUCCUUCACUAAGAACCCUCAGAGGAGAAUACAGAACAGAAAGAAAUAGACAAUAAUUAAGUGGUGUCAGUAUUUGAUUUUCCAGUCUUGGAGAAAGAUGUUAACAUCAAGCUGUGGCCAGUGUAACAGAAGGGGCAGGCACAACUUAUCAGACCAAAGGCUACAUAGACGUAAUCAGCAAAGUGGUGGUAUCCAUUUUUUAUGCUUUGGCUGUUUCUUAAUUUACUCUGUUAUUCUGCCUCUUUAAGCACUUAUGGCUAUUUGCAUUGCCUUUGUUUUCUUGGUGUAAGCCUGCAAGUUCCACCUACUUUGAACCAGAGAUAUUUUAAAUUUUAAAUUUCAGUUUUUACUGCCAUCUUCCCUCGAACCACUCUUAUCUCUGGGAAGACUUUAAAAAGUGAAUUGCACUUUACCUUGUUCUGUUAACUUAAAUAUAAAGAAAGCUUUUACCUCUGUUGAGAAUACAGUACACAUAUUAUGUAUGUCGUUUGUCAUAGAAGAGCAUUGUUGAGGUUAUUUGUUCAUACAUACUAAUAAUGAAAAGGAAUGUUUUAUUUGUCAACACUUUCUGCUGUCUGUAAAUUAUCUUGUGCAUUGUUAUCUACUGUGUCUUUGGUGGUGAUGGUGUCAUGUGUGCUGCCAACAAUGAGGUCUGGGAUAGCUUGGCCUGCAUGUGAUGGCUGCCGCCCAGCGAAGCAAACCUAGGCACUGUGGAGCCUGACACACACAUGCUAUGAGCGCUGGUCAGGACUCAUCCUUCAAGGAGUUGUGGUGUGUUGUUUGUGGAAUGCAGUCUUUCCCUUUGGUCUGGUGCUGCCCUCAUCAUGCUGCUGCUAUAACUGCUGCUGCUGCUGCUGUGUCAUCUCAUUUGUGUGCUGCACCUUGUACAAAAUCAUUCCAUGGCUCACCCCUCUGAGCUGUUGACCUAAUAAUGUAAUUAUCAUGAAUACAUUAAAACUUUGAUAUAUA